AUGGUCAGUUUUGACAUUGAAGGCAUCAUCACCCACUCUCAUAAGGAACAAAGCACAGCCACCACCACCUCCGACGCUGGCAGCAAGGAGGGGAAAUACGUUAAUGGUGCAGAUGUGCGCAGGCUAUUCGAGGCGUUUGGCAACAUUGAGGAGUGCACGAUCCUUCGGGGACCCGAUGGCAACAGCAAAGGGUGUGCAUUUGUGAAAUACUCUUCACAUGCAGAGGCCCAAGCUGCCAUCAAUGCCUUGCAUGGCAGCCAGACGAUGCCGGGAGCCUCUUCAAGCCUGGUGGUGAAGUUUGCGGACACGGACAAGGAGCGUACAAUGCGGCGCAUGCAGCAAAUGGCAGGACAAAUGGGCAUGUUCAACCCCAUGGCCAUCCAGUUUGGAGCCUAUGGAGCCUAUGCACAGGCACUGAUGCAGCAGCAAGCGGCGAUCAUGGCCUCGGUGGCGCAGGGCGGAUACCUGAACCCCAUGGCAGCCUUUGCCGCGGCCCAGAUGCAGCAGAUGGCGGCUCUGAACAUGAACGGCCUGGCAGCCGCCCCCAUGACUCCAACCUCAGGUGGAAGCACGCCUCCUGGCAUAACUGCACCAGCUGUGCCUAGCAUCCCAUCUCCAAUUGGGGUGAAUGGUUUCACUGGCCUCCCGCCGCAGGCUAAUGGGCAGCCAGCCGCCGAAGCCGUGUUUGCUAAUGGCAUUCACCCUUACCCAGCACAGAGCCCCACUGCAGCAGACCCCUUGCAGCAAGCCUACGCUGGAGUGCAGCAGUACGCAGCUGCUUAUCCUGCUGCUUAUGGCCAGAUUAGCCAAGCGUUUCCACAGCCACCUCCCAUGAUCCCACAGCAACAGAGAGAAGGACCAGAGGGCUGUAACCUGUUUAUCUACCAUCUGCCCCAGGAGUUUGGGGAUGCUGAGCUGAUGCAGAUGUUCCUGCCUUUCGGUAAUGUCAUCUCCUCGAAAGUGUUUGUGGAUCGGGCGACAAACCAAAGUAAAUGCUUUGGUUUUGUGAGUUUUGACAAUCCUGCCAGUGCCCAAGCUGCUAUCCAGGCCAUGAAUGGAUUCCAGAUUGGCAUGAAGAGGCUGAAGGUGCAGCUGAAGAGGCCAAAGGAUGCUAAUCGUCCCUACUGAAGGGUUGUGGGAACCACUGGAUACAAAGCACUAGCACAGGUAACUGCAUGGGGAAGGGGGUGUCAGCUACACCUGUAGCGUCUCUCUGUGUUGUAGACCCUCAAGGAGAUUCAGCUCUGUGACUUUCUAUCUUCUGCCUUUUUGACUCUG